AUGGGAAGCUGCGAGAGCAAGACCAUCAAUGAUGCUGAGAUCGUUGUUGACACCACCAGGAAUCCCAGGAUGCAAACCAUGUCCUUGACGAGCACUGAGAAGAUGGGUUGGAUUCCAGAUAUCCCAGAUCAUCGUGACUUGCACAUGACCUUUUCCACCACCAAGGAGGCUUCCAAGGAGAUCAAGAAGAAGAGCGAGGGAUCCAAGGAGGUAGUGGAUCUGCGUCCGCAGAACGGUGGCUUCCCCAUCUUCAACCAGGGCCACUUGGGCAGCUGUACGGCAAAUGCCUUGGCAGCUGCCUAUCACUUCACCCUGCACAAGCAGAACGUGGAGAACCAUGCGGAUUUCAAGGACUUCACACCCAGCCGGCUGUUCAUCUACUACAACGAGAGGUACAUGGAGGGCAGCGUGGACCGUGAUGCGGGUGCCUCGUUGCGCGACGGUAUCAAAUGCAUGGAGAAACUCGGUGUGUGCCCAGAGGCCGUCUGGAAGUAUGACGACAAGGACGGCUUCUUCAAGGAACAGCCCGAUAAGAAAUCCUAUGAGCUCGCGUCCAAGUGCCGAGUCAAGGGCUAUGCUCACGUGGCACAGGACUUGUCUCAGAUGAAGGCCUGCAUCAAGAACGGAUAUCCCUUUGUGUUUGGCUUCACAGUCCUGACCAGCUUCAAGGAGGCCGCGAAGGAUGGGAAGAUGGUGAUGCCACAGCCUAACGACAAGGUCCGAGGAGGCCAUGCUGUGACUGCCGUGGGCUAUGAUGAUUUCAAGGAAUGCUUCAUCGUGCGCAAUUCCUGGGGCGAAGGCUGGGGAGACAAGGGCUACUUCUACAUGCCCUACGCCUGGAUCACUCAGGAGAACUUGGCCCAUGACUUCUGGGCCAUCAAUUGGAUUGAAGGCUUCAAGGAGACCGUCAGUGAUGCUGAGAUCGUUACCAACACCACCAGGAAUCCCAGGAUGCAAACCAUGUCCUUGACGAGCACGGAGAAGAUGGGUUGGAUUCCAGAUAUCCCAGAUCAUCGUGACUUGCACAUGACCUUUUCCACCACCAAGGAGGCUUCCAAGGAGAUCAAGAAGAAGAGCGAGGGAUCCAAGGAGAUCGUGGACCUGCGUCCGCAGAACGGUGGCUUCCCCAUUUUCAACCAGGGCCACUUGGGCAGCUGUACGGCAAAUGCCUUGGCAGCUGCCUAUCACUUCACCCUGCACAAGCAGAACGUGGAGAACCAUGCAGAUUUCAAGGACUUCACCCCCAGCCGGCUGUUCAUCUACUACAACGAGAGGUACAUGGAGGGCAGCGUGGACCGCGAUGCGGGUGCUAUGAUUCGUGACGGUAUCAAAUGCAUGGAGAAGCUCGGUGUGUGCCCAGAGGCUGUCUGGAAGUAUGACGACAAGGGCGGUUUCUUCAAGGAACAGCCCGACAAGAAAUCCUAUGAGCUCGCGUCCAAGUGCCGAGUCAAGGGCUAUGCUCACGUGGCACAGGACUUGUCUCAGAUGAAGGCCUGCAUCAAGAACGGAUAUCCCUUCGUGUUUGGCUUCACAGUCCUGACCAGCUUCAACGAGGCCGCGAAGGAUGGGAAGAUGGUGAUGCCACAGCCCAACGACAAGGUCCGAGGAGGCCAUGCAGUGACUGCUGUGGGCUAUGACGAUUUCAAGGAAUGCUUCAUCGUGCGCAAUUCCUGGGGCGAAGGCUGGGGAGACAAGGGCUACUUCUACAUGCCCUAUGCCUGGAUCACUCAGGAGAACUUGGCCCAUGACUUCUGGGCCAUCAAUUGGAUUGAAGGCUUCAAGGAGGCUGCUCCCAAGAAGAAGUGCCGCAACAAUUGGCCACUGGCCAUGUGGAGGUUCCUGGCUUCCGGCCUAAUGGUGCUGGGCGUAGACCAAGUCAUAGCUGAAAGCUGGAACUUCUGCUUGCACUGUGGUUCCUUUGACAUGGCUCCGCGAGCAAAAAUGCCUAAAAGACACAAAGAGAAGGAAGGUGCCAGCAUUAAGCUGGUGGACGGAGUACACGUCUCAAGCGUGACCUUCGAGUCAAUGUACUAUGCUGCCGUGAACUACUACUUGAUCGAGGUUUACGACGACAAGUACGAAGCCAUUGGGCAGGCGAUUACGGAGGCAAAGGGAAGAUUCUUGCCUGAUGAAGGUGGAGCUUUCAUUAGGUUGCGUUACUUAGGCUCCAACAAUGAGCACUACCAGUGGUACAUUGAGAAUGAAGGUUCCGCUGGGGGCCUGCCUGAAGGUGCCUUGCAUCACUUCUGCAAAGAGGACGUGAAACAGUGCAAGGCCAAGGUCAAUGAUGGUGAAGUCAUUCAUGUGCGACGUUGGGCUCCUGUUGAGCGUGACGAUGCACAUCGAGUCCUGGUCUCCUGGGGUUUCCCAGGGUUGGCAGUCCCUGCCGGUGGGCGUGCCGGUGAUGAGGGGCAACCAGGUCUGAAAGAAGAAGAUGACGAUGAGGAGGAUGAGGAUACUGAGCCAGUGGGUGCAACGCCCAAGUCAAAGUCCCGUCCCGAGCUGCCUCGCAGACGCCGCAGGUCACCCGAUGAAACAGAAGAUCAAGUCGAAGAGCAACCACCUCGAAAGAGAGAAGACAAAAGCCGCAGGAACACUUCAAGGACGGAUGGAGGUGACAAGGGCCGCACGGCAUUGGAUGCAAUGCUGGAUCAUGAGCCGGACGAUACAUCCAGACGUGGACUUGAGGACAAGUUGGACGCGCUCCGACAAAAGUUGCGAGGCAAAGUCACGAGUGAUGCAAGUGGCUCGAAGAAACCGGGAAACAUACUUGCAAAGCGGGCCAAUGAAGUUGCAGGAGUGAAGAAAAAGAAGAAGAAGAAGUCAUCCUCCGGAAAAGUCCUCAAGGAGCUCACAAAGGCUAUGGUAAGCAAGCGCAAAGCAAAAGAUGAUUCGAGAGGAUCCUCGGAUGAGUCCAGUGAUGAGCUGGAUGCUGACCCGAGCCCUGACCGUGGUGGCAGUUGGGAAGAAAGAAAGAAAAAGUACAAGAAGAUUGCAGAAAACACGCCGGGCAAGCUGAUGAUGAGUGCCCUGGAGAACAUGCAGGAGCAGCUCGGUGCAAGCUUCGGUGACAUCCAGGGGGACGAAGGCAAGCUUUCCCCCGUUGUGACCAGGUACCUCCUGACGGUGAUCAUCCCAGCCAUUGGACCAAAGAACUUCCCUGGUCAGUCGUUGCGUGAGUUGCGCACGAUUGCACUGGCGGUGGACAUGCUGCUGAAAGGAAAGUCAGAUUCCUGCGGCGAUGUCCUUCUGCAAAGGUUCAAAUCGCUGUGCAUGCAGGUUCGAGACAACAGUGACAAGUUUGGGCCGCAGAUUGAGCUCUUGCCUGCCCUGUUGUAUGGCUACGUGUCGAACCUGGCUGAGACGGCCUUUGCGAGGGAGAUGGCUUUGAAGGAAGCCAAGUCGGAGGAUUUGCUCCGUCAGGCCCAAGGUGCCAUCAGGAGAGCGGUGUUCAACGACGAGGUUGGAGGAGACCUGGAGAAGGAGAUUCCAAGGAGGCCGAAGAGUCCAGAGGCCGCGCCUCCAAAGAAGCCGCAGGGGCCCGUGGCCAAAGCACGUGCAGAAGUCCCCAGGCAGCCUGGGGAAAGUCGCGCAGCAUGGAAGAACCGGGUGUUCGACCACUUGAAAGGCGAACUUUUGCCGGGACUACCUGAAGGAGCAGUGGCGGGCUCACUGGAUGCGGCGGCAGUCGCAAGUGAGGAGGUUCAGUGUUGGCUGAACAAUCCAGAGGAGUGCCUUCGACCACCCGAAGAAUGGCCAAAGCCGCUGCCCAAAGCUUCGAUGAACGUCAGGCGCGAGGACUGGAAUGAGAUUGCUGCAGCUCUGGUGGAGCGCAAUAUAUUGACUCCAAUUGACUAUGAGGACAUUUUCAGAGCUGGUGGUGUGCCAGUGCUGAAUGGGUUAUUUUGUGUGCAAAAGAAGGGCACCCCGGCCCCGGGGGAGGAAAGACUCACAAGAUUAAUUAUGAAUUUGACCCCUUCCAAUGCCCUUCAAUACCUGAAGCAGGGCGACCUAGACACACUAGCAGCUGCAAGCCAUUGGGCAGGGUGUCAGCUACCGGCGGGGUCGGCUUUACUCUGGUCGGGUGAUGAUCAGAAGGGCGCUUUUUACGCCUGGUGUUUGCCACCACAGUGGAGGAAGUUGAUGGCUUUCAAGUGGCCUGUUGAAGGCGCUGGCCUAGAGGGAGACACAGAAAUGAGGCGUGAUCGCCCAGUGCCCACGAGCGCUACAAGGACCGAAGGAGGCUGGUUGUCGUUUUAUUUGGAUGACUUUGACUGCCCAGAAAUUAUCCCAAGGGAGAUGUUGAAUCAGCUGAAAGGAACAAUGUCACCAGAACAUGUAAAGCAAAGGGCAGCCUAUACUAGAGCCGGAGUGCAAAUCUCCAAAGACAAAGCACACACACGUGAAGUGCGUGUUGAGCGUAUGGGUGCCGAAGUCGAUGGAGAAGGCGGCUGGUUGGGGGUGCCCAUUAAGAAGAAGCUGGAGUGUGGCUACUUUGUGCUUUGGGCGCUACAACGACAGCAAUGCUGGCAAAAAGUGCUGAUGAUGAUUUUGGGCCGCUUGACAAGGGCCUUUGAAUUCCGACGGCCCCUGAUGUCGAUCCUGAACCGGUCUUGGCCCAGACACAAGGCGGUGGUGGGCCGACCCUUGUCUCAAAGAACUAUACUGGAGCUGAUAGCAGCGGUCGGUGUGAUGCCAAUGGCAGUAAGCAAUUUGUUUACACCAGUGAGUGGGCUGGUAACAUGUUCUGAUGCGUCGGAGCAAGGUGGAGGACUUUGUGCUAGCGCUGGCCUGACGUCAGAAGGGGCGGAGACGCUGCAAAGUCUAGAGGCACAAGGAGCUGAGCGGGAAAAAGUAUCCUUCACCCCGGCAGGGAGCUGCUCUAGAAAUCAAACAAAGUCUGGGCCACGGGUGCUAGUCAUUUCCCUAUUCGAUGGCAUCGGGGCCAUGAUGGUGGCUCUUGCUCGACUAGACUGUCAAGUUGUUGGGUACAUCUCAUGCGAGGUGGACAAAGCUUGCAAGCGCCUGACGCGCACGCGGUGGCCAGGUGUUCUAGAACUUGGCGAUGUUACCAAGGUGGAUGCUAAGUUGGUCGAGCACCUCGUGUCAGCAGUGGGCUACAAAGUUGACCUUAUCCUCAUAGGAGCCGGGUCACCCUGCCAGGAUCUCAGUGGUCUCAAUGCUACAGGCCAAGGGCUGGAAGGUGAAAGAUCGAGGCUUUUCUUUGAAGUGCCACGAGUCGUAUCUCUGGUGAAAGAUCACUUCAAGGUGCCAGUGGAGUACUUUGUGGAAAAUGUGGCAAGUAUGACAGCUGAUAACGUGCAAAGAUUUUCAGAAGUUCUUGGCGUCAAACCGGUGUUCUUGGUUUACAACUAUGAGGAGCACAACAUGAUCAAAACUCCAGAAGGAAGUCUUCGUCUGCCAAGCCUGCAAGAAAAAGAACAGGUCAUGGGCUUCGAUCGGGGCUAUGUUUCCUGUUGCUUUGGUUCAAAGACGACCCAGGUGGGAGUGUCAAAGUAUUCAGCACUGGUGGUGGCCAGUGGCACCGUGGUGGCGGUGAGAUACAUUGACACGAGGGACAAUCCCUCUGACAUCCCAUCACGACUGCAGUUCUAUUUGCCCGCCGCUUUGGGUCGCUUGAAACACUCCUGGAAGCUGGCAAAAGUGUGGCAAAAGCUUGAGCCUCCACGCAGAGUGCUCCCGCUUAGCCCCACCAUGGUGAAGGCCAUGGCAGGUGCGGCAAUAAGCCUUGGAUUUUUGUCCGAGGCAAGUGGGAUGCUGGUGGCCUUCGACACCAUGUUACGAAGUGGGGAGCUAUACCACCUGAAAGUCAAAGAUGUCAACUUCUACGGUGCUCGUGCCGUGCUGUCCCUCGGAUACACCAAAACAGGAAAAAGAACCAACACGGCCGAAAUGGUGGUCGUGGAAAGUCCUUUGGCAGUGCAAAGUUUGAAGAGGGCCUGUGCUGGCAGGCAGCGCAAAGACUUCCUCCUUGGGCGGGGGCCACGCGUCUUCAGAAGCCUCUUCAACUCCCUCGUCGAUCUUUUUGAACUUGAUGGGCUGAUCACUGUUUACUCACUCCGAAGAGGAGGUGCCAGCUGGGAUUUUCUUCAGCACCAAUCCAUGGAAAGAACGCUACUCCGUGGGAGAUGGCAAUCAACAUCUUCUGCGAGGUUGUACUUGCAGGACGCUACCGCAAUGGUGACUGAACUGCAGCUGAGCUCUUCACAACAAGGACUAGGUGCAUGCAUCUCCCCUGUGUUGGCAGGGGCCCCUGUGGUGUUGCAGGGAGAAGUGCAAGGGGCCCCUGUGGUGUUGCAGGGAGAAGUGCAAGGUGCAUUUGCAGCCUCCAUAUCUGUCCUGCGGAGGCUGGUGGGAGCUACUGCUUUUCGGGCCUUUGAAAGUCAUCAGUGGAAGGAUGCUUCAUAUCAUUCCGAAAGGCAACCCAGGUGGAGUUGCUCGAGUUUGAGGUCUGAAGAGCUCGUUGAAAUCUUCAGCAGCGCGAUGCAGAUGGAGAAUGAGCGGGAGAAGGUACUUUCGCAUGUGAACUCCACACACUCAGCGCUGAAGCUGUUUACGGAGCUACACGUGUGUCUCUUGGGCUACGUCAAUGCCCUUGCGAUAUUGCUGCGGAUUGCUUUGGACGUGAACGCUGGACGCUGUCCACCGGUGGCCGUGGACAUGGAAAGCAACGUGGCAGAGUGGCUGCGGAUCCUAUUGCUCCUAUGGAGGUCACCGAACAUUCCCUUGCUCCUCAUGGAUUCCUCUGUGUGGCCGUUUCGCUUGCAGAACAUCUCAGACAUCCUGGCCGAGGCCACUGGUGAUCGUUCACACAGUGUCCAUUGGCGACCACCCAGUGGCGGUGGAAUGUGGAAGUCAGUUGUAGAAGAUCCUGCGAGCCAAGUGGGCGUCAAGUUACAGGAGGUUCGUGUUUGGUCGUUUGGGCUGCAUGCCACUCUGGCUAUGGAACCAGAAAGCAUUUGGAAGGAUUUUCUUGUCGGAACUGGCUGGAAGAUCACGGUGGAGAUGGUGCUGGCUGAAAACUACUGCAAUCUCCUGGGCCGAUGCACCAAGAACUUGGCGCUGGCAGAACUUCUGCAGCGGCAUGUUCGCACAAAAGCUAUGGCGAUGAAUGAGCUCAACAGGUUUCCACACGUGCCGGAGCCGCAGCAGUUGCAGCUGGAGUUCCAAGAGAUUGCAGAGGUAGAUGCUGGAAUCCGUUCAGCAGAUAUUUUGAUGUGCAGCGAGCCGCCCUUCUUCUGCAAGAUGUUUUUGGGUCUCCGGAAGCGCAUCUUUGGGUACAUCGGCAAUCCUUUCGGCGCAUAUCUCUUACCAGGGGAGCCACAGGAGAACUUCUACAAGGCCUUUCAUGAACAGUUGGCGAAUGAUGCCCGAAAUCGCUUCGCGUGCAUUUCACCUUACCUGUCUGCCUUGAUCUAUUGGCAUUCCGGCAUUCGGGUGCCUGUGGUUCAACCGCUCGGGCUGUAUACUGGAGCCAGCUACCAGCCGAAAGCGCAUGGGCAACCCAGAGUCCUAUCGCAGGAUGCCAUGGUCCUGAACGACUUCGUGGCGGCGCUGGGAAGAGUGGAGGAGAAAGCCUUUGUGCCCUUGAAGCUGCGAGAGAGCAACCACACCUUCUUUGCCACACACCCGGUCUCCAGCAAUGCUGGUCUGCAGGACAAAGCCAGUGGAUGGAUUCUCCAUGAUUCUCCUAAGGUGAACUUGAAGCAACUGCAGGACGUGGACGUUGAAGUCUUGAGGUCUUAUUACAGGUUCUUGCCCUAUGAUCCUCAGCAGUUGGUUUUCUAUGAGCUCUACAGCAUAGGUGUUCCGCUGCUGCUGCCAGAUGAUGUCUUGUUGCCCUUCUUCAUUCGCCUAGGUUAUACCAAUCUGCAGGAAUUCCGUUACCAGAGUCCUGCUUGGAAGGUACCUGAGGAGGAGCUGAGGUAUGACUGGAGCGAACAUGCACCGAUCCAUGAACUUCGCUGGUGGUCCUCCCUGACGGACUUUGCCAGGUCGCCCCAUUUGUUGCGCUGGAGCUCCUUUCCAGAACUACUGUACAAAGUGCUACGCUCGGAUUUGGAGCAGAUUUCAAACCGCAUGCGCAAGGAAACUCAGGUGCGUCUGCUGAGAUCUGUGGACUUUUGGCGUGCUGCGUUUGGAGAAAUCCGGCGCCGCGUGUUGAUCAUCGGCGGCAGCUUCUCAGGGCUGGCCGCGGGGCGCGACUUAGGGAGCCACUACUUGGUGACCAUCAUCGAUGCCAAGGAGUAUUUCGAGUACACUCCUGGAGUCUUGCGCGCUUACGUCAAGCCCAAGCACUUGGAUGCCUUGACCUUCACCCUGCAGCCAGUCAUUGAGACACGCAUGGCCUGCAAGUACAUCUGGGGCGAGGUCAAGGAGCUGAAUGGUGAGCAGAAGACGGCCACCUACAAGCCGAUCUUCACAUCUGAGCGUGAGACUAUUGACUUCGACUAUUGCAUCAUCGCUGCGGGCUGCAAUUUUGGCCCAUUUCACAAGUGGGGUGAGUCGCUGUGGUUUCCGACCAUCCAUGAGGACGCGCGCCCUGAAGGUUCCUGGCCCCACCUAGAUGAGCGAUACUUGGAGGGUCGCCGGAGACACGUCCUUGAAGAGUUCAACUUCCUGAAGAGCUUGCACGACAGGUCGGCCACCGUGUUGGUGGUGGGUGCUGGCUUUAUUGGUGUCGAAUGGGCCACGGAGAUUCAGCACUUCUUCCCCCGAGUGAAGCUGACCGUCAUCGAUUUCUUGCCUCAGCCACUUGGUCCUUUGCCAGCCAACGCUGCCAAGUACUGCGAGAAGUACAUGAACAAGGUUGGCAUCAAGCAGUUCUACAACACCAAGUACGAUGCCAAGAAUCCAGACUUCUGGAAGAGCAUUGAAAUGCCCAACGGUCCUGACAAGGAGUACGUGUGCAUUGGUGUGAAGGCAUCGAACUAUUUCAUGCCCAAGGAGACCUUGAGUGAGAAGGGACCUGGUGGCGGUGGCUGGAUUUUGAUGAACCAAAACCUCUCGGUGAAGACUCGGGAUGGAAAGCUCUGGGGAGGCGACGACAAGGGCUAUCCCCGUAUCUACGCUGUUGGUGAUUGCAACUACUCUUGCGUCGACGAGCCUGGCAAGAAGCCAGAUGACUGGCCAAUUCCUCCCAUCCCCAAGAUCUCUUACCCAGGUGAGGAGAUGUGCAUUGUUGCAUGCAGCAACAUCGAAAAGACAGACAGGCUGCUCUUCCAGAACAAGACAGUCGACUGCUGCGGAGAACCACUGCAUGUCUGGGACAUGCACUGGCCAUGGGGUGCAGGCAUGUUCGCCACAUCCCUUGGUCCUGAUGAUGCUUGCUUCGUAGCCGGUGCCAACUGGCAGAAGAACUCCGGCCUGAUGUGCGUGUGGGGUCAGGUCUGCGCAGUGCAGAAGGAGUUCAUCGAAGCUUCCAAGACUGAUGAGUGCGCCUAUGGCUUCAUCGGCCGCUGCAUUUGGUACUUCGUUCACCACACGCCUGUGCGCCGCGUGUUGAUCAUCGGCGGCAGCUUCUCAGGGCUGGCCGCGGGGCGCGACUUGGGGAGCCACUACCUGGUGACCAUCAUCGAUGCCAAGGAAUAUUUCGAGUACACUCCUGGAGUCUUGCGCGCUUACGUCAAGCCCAAGCACUUGGAUGCCUUGACCUUCACCCUGCAGCCGGUGAUUGAGACGCGUAUGGCCUGCAAGUACAUCUGGGGAGAAGUCAAGGAGUUGAACGGUGAGCAGAAGACAGCCACCUACAAGCCCAUCUUCACCUCCGAACGGGAAACCAUCGAUUUCGACUACUGCAUCAUUGCAGCUGGCUGUAACUUUGGCCCCUUCCACAAGUGGGGUGAGUCGCUCUGGUUCCCAACAAUCCAUGAAGACGCACGACCAGAAGGCUCCUGGCCCCACCUGGACGAGCGUUACCUGGAGGGACGUCGCCGACACGUCUUGGAGGAGUUCAACUUCCUGAAGAGCUUGCACGACAGGUCGGCCACCGUGUUGGUGGUGGGUGCUGGCUUUAUUGGUGUCGAAUGGGCCACGGAGAUUCAGCACUUCUUCCCCCGAGUGAAGCUGACCGUCAUCGAUUUCUUGCCUCAGCCACUUGGUCCUUUGCCAGCCAACGCUGCCAAGUACUGCGAGAAGUACAUGAGCAAGGUUGGCAUCAAGCAGUUCUACAACACCAAGUACGAUGCCAAGAAUCCAGACUUCUGGAAGAGCAUUGAAAUGCCCAACGGUCCUGACAAGGAGUACGUGUGCAUUGGUGUGAAGGCAUCGAACUAUUUCAUGCCCAAGGAGACCUUGAGUGAGAAGGGACCGGGUGGCGGUGGCUGGAUUUUGAUGAACCAAAACCUCUCGGUGAAGACUCGGGAUGGAAAGCUCUGGGGAGGCGACGACAAGGGCUAUCCCCGUAUCUACGCUGUUGGUGAUUGCAACUACUCUUGCGUCGACGAGCCUGGCAAGAAGCCAGAUGACUGGCCAAUUCCUCCCAUCCCCAAGAUCUCUUACCCAGGUGAGGAGAUGUGCAUUGUUGCAUGCAGCAACAUCGAAAAGACAGACAGGCUGCUCUUCCAGAACAAGACAGUCGACUGCUGCGGAGAACCACUGCAUGUCUGGGACAUGCACUGGCCAUGGGGUGCAGGCAUGUUCGCCACAUCCCUUGGUCCUGAUGAUGCUUGCUUCGUAGCCGGUGCCAAUUGGCAGAAGAACUCCGGCCUGAUGUGUGUGUGGGGUCAGGUCUGCGCAGUCCAGAAGGAGUUCAUCGAAGCUUCCAAGACUGAUGAGUGCGCCUAUGGCUUCAUUGGUCGCUGCAUUUGGUACUUCGUCCAUCACACCCCGGUGCAUCUCUUUGGUGGCGGUCCUCGAUGGGGCUACUGAGAAGCGCCAAAAACCGUCAGCCAUCUCCGUGUUGCGUGUUGUGUGCUGAGGGUGAGACACCGCGAGGGUUGGCCCG